CGGCGCCGCCCGCCAAUGCUUGCCUUGAGUCCGCCUCCCCCGCAUACGGAAGUGCUUUCUCAUUGGCUGUCCGGUGCGGAGGUCAUUAGCCGGCCGGUUGAGUCGCGGGGUGUUCCGCCAUGGCGAAGAUUAGCCGCGGCCGGGGUCCCGUUUGACGGCGUUGCUAUGGUUUCGGCCGCGGCCUGCGUGGCCCGCAGGGGCGCCUCUCUCCUGUUCGGUGGGCGCAGAGCGGGGCUGCCGGCCCUGGGCUUCCCGGCGGCGGGGGGGCACUCAGGGCCGGGCCAGGACCGGGGCCCGGCGAGCCCGCGGGGGUCCUCCCCGAAGGGCCUGUACGAGCUGCUGGGGGGGCCUUUGACGGCCACCCAGGCCCAGAUCAAGACGGCCUACUACAAGCAGUCCUUCCUCUCCCACCCGGACCGCAACGCCGGCAGCGAGGAGGCGGCCGAGCGCUUCACCCGCGUCAACGAGGCCUACGUGGUGCUGGGCAACGUCAGCCUCCGCAAGAAGUACGACCGGGGCCUCCUCAGCCGGGAGGACCUCCAGACGGCACGCAAGCCCUCGGGGGUCGAGGAGGAGCGGGCCUCGCGGGCGCCCUUCAAGAGGACCACCCAGGCCUACAAGCCCACCUCGAGGCCCGGCGGCAAGCCCAUCUUCGACUUCGACCUCUUCUACCGAGCCCACUACCAGGAGCAGCUGGAGCGGGAGCAGUUCCUGCGGAAGAGGCGGGAGGAGAAGAAGAAGAUGAAGGAGGGACAGGACAUGGAGUUGAAGAAGGAGCUCGCCGAGACCCUCGUCUGCCUCUUCCUACUCGGCGUCGUGGUCGCCACCCUGGGCUUUCUGUGAGCCCGGAAGAGGGGAGAGCCUUCCCGCCACCGAGGAGGAGGAACCUGCCAAGUGGAAGCCAUGGCAAAAAGAAAGGCCGUUGGGGGUGUCCUCCUCUGGGAAAACCCGUCGCAAGAAGGCUAGUGCCCUCUUGGCGCUGCAGCCACUCUGGAGGGACAGGCUGCCAGCCUCCCCUCCCCUCCGUGGUCCUCUGGCACCCACAGGACAUUAUGCAGCAUUUUAGAAGGGGCUGAAUUAUUCUCAGUCGUCGGGAUUCAACUCAAGAAAGCGAGGUCCCCCAAGUGUCGCUUCCGCAUUAAAAAUGCACUUUUCAUUGCUUUAGUUCGACCCGGUCUUACCAUCCACUUUUUCUAGUUGUCUUGGGUUUGACCCCCCCUCCUGGGGCAGUUUUCUUCCAAGGGAAACAAGUGGGGUUGAACCUUUCCUGCCUUUUUGUGCUCUUUAAGGAGAAGCAGAUGAAGGUUUUGCCUGUGCCCAUAGCAGGUGUACUCCUUUAUUUAGUAGCUGCUAUCUCAGCAGCUCAACAUUCUUCCUUCCUCCAUACACAGAUAGGUAUUUGACAAGGGUGUGUGGGAGUGAAGGUGUCAGAUCAGUUUCCCUCUUACUGAGGUGGGUUUUUCUGCUUUUAUCCUGACAGCUGAAAGCUGUUCUAGGGUCCCUCUUCACGUUUGGGCCCUGAGCUGUUUCUGAAGACAAAAGAGGGCUUUUAUUUUAUUUAAUUUAGUAAAUGUAUACCUCGCCCAUCUAGACCAAAGAUCUACUCUGGAGAGGGUUGUCACAUCUCUCCCUUUAGAGUUGGACGGAGCAACUGGGGGCCUCAGCGUUUCUGAUCUGCAACGUCCCAUCAUCCCUAGCCAGUAUGCCCAGUGGUGAAGUGAUGAUGGGAGCUGCAGUCUUGAACACAUCUGUAUGGCCACUUCUUCCACCCCUGGUUUAAAAGAUGCCUCUCUAGAUUCAAAAAAAAGACACAUAAUCUCUGUGUAGCUGAUGGCGGUUUCUGGUACUUGCAGUUGCAGGGGUGAUGGUGUCCUUUUUAGAAUGGCUAAAUUGCCGUAGAUUUCAUCCUGGCAGGUCCUGCAUUUUGGAAUGUGUCAGUGUGGGUGAUUCGAUUUGCAUCAUGCACAUGGAGUUAAAACAAAUGAUGUAAACGUGCUUUAUUUUAAUAUAUAAAGUCACAGAGGAUGAUGGUA